UCUCCGUUAGCCAUGACUCCCUCACAUGUGUGACCGUCGGAGUGUCGCAGGUAAACAGGCUCUAAGGGAAACUCUUCCGAUGUAGCGGAUUGGUUCCGAGGUACGAACAUGGCGUCCGCUGUGCUGAAGGUUGCAGUUGCAGGCAUUUCCAGAUGUUCCCGUGUCACCCUUCUGAGGGCACAUUCGACAACAGCCCCCCUUCAACACGGCGUUCCUGGAUCCCUGUGGAAGCUGGGGAAGCUGAACCACAUAGCCAUCGCCGUCCCUGACAUGGAGAAGGCCACGGCUCUGUAUCGAGACGUGCUCGGUGCCACUGUGAGCGAGAAGGUCCCCCUGCCGGAGCACGGCGUCUACACUGUGUUUGUGGAGCUGGGGAACACUAAGCUGGAGCUGCUCCAUCCUCUCGGGGAGAAGAGCCCCAUCUCUGGGUUCUUACAGAAAAACAAGUCAGGAGGGAUGCACCACAUUUGUAUUGAGGUGGACGACAUUAACGCUGCGGUGGCCGACCUGAAAUCAAAGAACAUCAGAACCCUGUCGGCAGAGCCUCGGAUAGGUGCUCAUGGGAAACCGGUCAUGUUCCUUCAUCCCAAAGACUGUGACGGUGUGCUGGUGGAGCUGGAAGAAGCAUGAAACUCGCUGCUUCGCAUGAACUGUUGGCGCUCUCCAUGUACAUCUACAUUAUUCUUCUGCCAUUUUGUUUGAUAACACAGUGAUAACAGUCUUGAUUGUUCUUUGCAGCACUUCUCAUUUCAGAAACAGUUUUUUUCUGUUUUUGUUUCUGAAUCAGUUAUAAUAGGGGAUGUUUUGACAGUUUUCAUAAAGGGGAACAGCCACUAACUGCUCUUAUUAUUAUUUUUGAAUAAGAGUUUGAAAUCUUAAUCUAAAAGAGCACAUUGUUUUUCUCCCAGCUGUAACUUGAAACAAAUGUGCAGCCGAAGGACGGAUCAUGUCAGGAAAACAGCAACAUCCUGGGGAAAUUUAUCGAGCAGCAUUCCUGUUGCAGAUCAUCAGGCAAACAUGGUUCUAAAUAUAUCUGACCAAUAGCAUCCAAUAACCGCAUACAGCCAGUGCAAAAGAAUUUGAAAAGGAAAAUAGCUGAAAUUCAAAUCAGAACCCCUCAUAAUGUAGUGUCAGACCCAUUUAUUGACCCAUCCUGAUAAAGAUGUGGAAAAAGCCACAAAAUAAAUUUCCAUUAUGUUGUAGUGACAUAAUCUUAUAAUCCACAUUUGAAGAAAAUCCAACCUUUAAACUGAAUACAUUUGAUCAAUGGGUGAAAAUAACCUGUUAAGAAAGUUUAGUUUUUAUUUAGAAAACACUAAAGUCAUUUGUAACAUUUCACAAGGUUGGAGCACACAAAGAAAAUGAUCUUUAACUGUUCCUCUUUGCACAGUCCUGGUUCUUUUCUUCUCAUUUAUCCAAUUCACUUCACAGGGUUUCUUCAGGAUUUAUAACUGUGCACUUUGAUGACCAGGGAAGAAGGAUCUUUGUCUGCUGCUCCUUUUCUCUAAUGAUGUGGCUUAAUGUUUUGGAUCAUUAACCUACUCAAAGACCCAGUUCAGUUUUCUGGUGUAUGCCACAAGUUUUAUAUGAAACCUCCUGGUAUUUCAGGGAGUUUAUGUUCUCAUGCACUCUUAUAAGGUACUCAUGCCCUUUGUAAGAGGAACAGGCCCACAGCAUCACAGAUCCUCCAUCGUACUUAACAGUGGUCACAUAUCAAACACACCUGGAGUGUAUGCUGUUAAAUCUUACUCUCAUCUGACUAAAGGUCACAGUUCCAAUUGAAGUCCUAGUGAACUAAGCAGAUGUCACAUGCUUAACAUUUGUGUUGAUAGGACAGAAAUGGUAAUUCCCUAACAGCCUGUUUUUUUCCUUGACCUACUCAUUAUCCUUUUCACUGCGCUUCAUUUAACAUAGUGGGAAGGGUCUAAAUGAAAUGGGUGUCUGUGACAUGUCAUUAUUACACGCCAAGCAUACAGAGAGCCAUGGAUUACUAAUUAGAAGUCCUUCCAAACUCUGGCCACCUUAAAGUACAUAAAAAAACUCUUCAGUCAUGUUUGUUUUAUAUGUAUCAAUGAAACGCCUGACCGAUGUGAACAGUGAUCAUUAGAGGCAUUUACAAGAAAACCAAAAAGACCAAAAAUGGAGAUCCAAGGUUUUUUCCUGACUGCAAGAAAGUGUAAAUAAAAACCAAGAAAUGUA